GUGCGGGAAAUCAACGAUCUACCUCUCGACGAAAGGGCAGGAGAUCUUUUACACGAAGCUAGGAUACGCCGUAUGCGAGCCGGUCACCAUCUACGGCACUUUCCAAAGGUCCUCGGACGACGAGCAAAGCAGAUGCACGAGUCCUACUUCCGGCGUCGAGGCCCCGCCGGUCAUCACCGUCCAGUUCAAAAAACCGCCCGUUCCGCCCCCGCCGCCGCCCUCGCGCAACUUCGGCAACAGGGGGGCCGAUAAGACGUUCAUGAAGAAAGUUCUCACGCCCGCGGAAACCACGUGAAACAUGUUCCUGUGGGUCUUGUUCCGGGUCGUUUCUUAAACAUCUUUUUCGAGGGUCGAUAAAAAAAUCGUCACCGAACAUGUCGAGCUAGGGUCAAUGCUACCGUUCCAACAAAAAAGAAACCCAAGAAAUAUUCGAACGUUGCCAAAUUUCCACCGACAUAGUACUUAAUGGAGAUGUUGCAUGUGUGAGGGAUUUGAGAUUUGACCAUUGAUUCUUAUGUAAAAGUUCGCGAGAAACACGAUGGUGCCACUGGUUUUCUCUGAAAUCAACUCCCAAGCUCAAAAAAAGCUCUCAAGUUGUGGCCAAAAUGGGUGGGGUAAUCCACGCUAUCCUGAGAGUCCACCUCUACAUGAAGACGAACUCUCCAUGCAAAGAUAGGGAGCUAAUUCAUUAGCAGGGUUGCCGUGUUUUCAGUUUUGGA